AGCGUCUCCGCAGUCGCAGAAUGGCCCGCUUUGGAGACGAGAUGCCGGGCCGCUACGGCACAGGCGGAGGAGGCUCAGGGCCGGCCGCCGGGGUGGUCGUGGGCGCCGCGGGCGGCCGAGGAGCCGGGGGCAGCCGGCAGGGCGGGCAGCCCGGAGCGCAGAGGAUGUACAAGCAGUCGAUGGCGCAGAGAGCGCGGACCAUGGCCCUCUACAACCCCAUCCCUGUCCGCCAGAACUGCCUCACGGUCAACCGCUCCCUGUUCCUCUUCAGUGAAGACAACGUGGUGAGAAAAUACGCCAAAAAGAUCACGGAAUGGCCAUAUCCUUUUGCCCCAGCCCGGGCGGCUGCACCUCCCCUCCUCCUCCUCUUCCUUCUCUUCCUCCUCCUCCUCCUCCUUCUCCUCCUCCUCCUUCUCCCUCUGCGGGGCUGGGAGAGAGACCUGGGGGCUGAUGGGAGCUGGGGGGCUUCUCGGCGGCUGGGGGCUGGAGAUAGGGGCCCGGGAGCUGAGGGAGGCAGCCUCCAGGCCUGCUGGGCUGCAGCUGCCGAGUGAGCCUGCAAGUAGUUAGGAGGCUCGGGACUGGGGGAGUGAGUCGUUCCUUGUGAAGACCGAAGGUCUGGAUCCUGGGUCGCCUGGGGACACUGAUGGGGGCUCUUCCGAUGGGGUCUGUCUUCUGAUGGAGCCCU